AUGUCGUCUUUCUUCAAUUUAAUUAUGUUAUUAAUUAUUUUUUAUUUUUGUUGCUCAAAUUGUAAAUUAAUUAUCGUCAGCCAAAUGAAUCGAUUUUCAACAGCCGAUAAAUUAAACAAAAGCCGACCAGCUAUAUUAGUGCCUAGAGGAGGAGGAGGAGGAGGAAAUAAUCACCAUCCAUCUUCUACCACAAUUUUACCUUCUACAAAAAAUAUUUUAAAAAUUCAAGAAGAAAAACAAAGCUAUAGAGAACAAUUACUUUCUGUUAUUUUACAAAAUACUUCAAAUACGUAA